AAAGUCGUGAAAAAAAUGGACAAAUCAAAGAAACGUCGCAAACGAUUGUGUGUAACCAUCAAUGAGGUGCAGGUCUUAAGAGAGAUUCGACGCCUGAAGGAACGAGGCCAAAAACUUGGUUUAUCAGACGAUGAAAUAUACCACCUUUUUCGGCCCUCUUCAACAUUCUUGGUGUUUAAAAAACUCCUUCCAAAAGCUGGACUGGUUUAUUUUCACACCAAACUGUUCCAUCUGUAUCGUCAUCGCUUUAAGUUUAUCAUCGCGGUAACAUUAGUCGUCUUGGUAGUUGUGACGCUGGCUUUGGACUUACAAUCAAGUGCAAUUAAUUACAUCUACAACGAUAAAUGCUUAAUUAGCAAGAGCCUGUUGAGAGAGUGGACAGGGCCGUAUUUCUCAUGUGACCAGUGCCAGAAUUUGACCCACGUCUCGGCGUUGUCGCAGGUGUCCGGGGAUGAGGCCGUUCUGGGGUCAGGCUAUGGUGCUGUACCGUACGUUCAGGCCGUUCUGGGGUCAGGCUAUGGUGCUGUACCGGUACUGCUCAAGGGGGCGUGUCGCGACUGGGGGGCUGUCAAUACGUUCAGUUUUCAAUUUUUCAAAGAGCUGUACACAUCGAAUCCUGAGAUUCUAGCGGAACAAAGUAACUGCCAGUUCUUUUAUUAUGGCACUGACUUUCGCAGUCUGGAGGAUGUGUUCGCUAUGUCGGAGGACAGGGCAGCAGGGAGAGAGGGGGAGGAGAGGUGGUAUGUGGGAUGGAGCAACUGUGACGUCACACUGGCUAACACACUACGCUCCCAUCUGGGCAGCAUGCAGUUCCUACCCAAGGGCGCAGAGAACGAGUACUUGUUGUGGAUCUUCAUGGGCUCGCCCGGUCAGGGGGCAGCAUUACACAUCGACUAUGUAGGACGGCCAUCUUGGCAAGCCCAGCUGUCGGGGACCAAGAACUGGACUCUCAUACCCAGCCCCGGGUGUAGCCAUGCGUGUCGUCCACUCACCGUCAUAGUCGAACCUGGUGACAUCUUUAUUCUCGACACCAACUUGUGGUACCACUCGACCUUUAUACAGCCUGGUGACAUCAGCAUCACCAUUGGAUCCGAGUUUGAUUAA